GUAGAAGAAGAUAUGAAGAUGGCAGGCAUGGGUCGGCGAGGUUUGAAGCUGAGUCAAAUCAAGCCUCAGGAGGCUUACAGUGAUGCAGCCAUAAGGACCAACAAUGCAAUCCUGGAGUUCUGCAGGACUUCCUUCUCAGGACUGUCCGGAGCCACGGCAGGUGUGCUGGGACUGACGGCCCUCUAUGGAUUCAUCUUCUACUUUGUGGCGUCUCUGUUCAUGUCCUUACUGCUGAUCCUGAAGGCCGGCAGCAGCUGGGGCAGGUACUUCAAAUCCCGCUGGAGGAUCUUCACCAGCGGGCUGAUGGGAGGACUGUUCACAUACGUGUUGUCAUGGACAUUUGUGUACGGAAUGGUUCAUGUCUAUUGAUCAGGAUUCUCAUAGGUGAAAUCUUCAUCCUCAUGGACAGAUGCCAAGCAAAACCUUUGCUUACUCCCCCUUGACAUUACUGUGUUUAUUUCUUCAUGAGGAUGUGAUGCAUCAUUAAGAUGUGAAUUGCACUAUCUGUACUAUUGACAGAUGUUAGGCUCCACACAUGGACAAUGCUGUAAUUUUCAUUUUGUUAUGCAAGGUUGUGUUUUGUCAUACAUGUACAUUAUGAUAUUCUCUUUUAUGUAAGUAUAAAUGUCGUCAGUAAAUGCACCCUUUGACCGAAGAGCAUGAUUUUCUAUCUAUAGUAUAUUCAAUCGGUAAUUUGUUAGAGCAGUGUUUUGAAAAAUGUAUAGUAUAGAUGAUAUUCAUCUCCAAAAUACAGACAAUGACCAAGCAGAUAUUAGUAAAAAGCAACUGUAGAGGAUCCUUGGAAAGAUGUGCGUUUGCAGCAAGGUUAUGUGCAGCUUUUUGUACAGGUUUCUCAUUUCAUGAGGACCUAGCUGGAUUAAGUAUGAAUAACUUCUAUCUUGAAAAGUGCUGAGACUAGACACUAUUGAUACUAUGUUGUAUUAGUUUUGUAUGCUGAUUGCUGAACAUGUUUUUGUGUGUUGUAAUAUCAUAACUUGUACAGUAUUUGAGAUAAUUCCAUUUCAUAGAAAAGUUUGUCUGAAGUGGUAGUAUGUUGAUAUUUGCAUGGAAAUAUUGAAAAAUGAUUCAGAAAGUGAUAGAAGUCAGUACUUUAAUUUCUUUGUAGAAGAAUAUGUACAUGUACAAAUACAAAACUGGG